GGUGCACACGCGGAAGCGGGCACAGGCUGGCCGGCUCGCUUAGGGGCCAUGGCAGCAGCGGCGACUGCAGCUGAGGGGGUCCCGGGUCGGGGGCCUCCCGGGGAGGUGAUUCACCUGAACGUGGGGGGCAAGAGAUUCAGUACUUCCCGUCAGACUCUCACCUGGAUCCCAGAUUCCUUCUUCUCCAGUCUUCUAAGCGGACGCAUCUCCACGCUAAAAGAUGAAACAGGAGCGAUCUUCAUUGACAGGGACCCCACCGUCUUCGCCCCCAUCCUCAACUUUCUGCGCACCAAAGAGCUAGACCCCAGGGGUGUCCACGGUUCCAGCCUCCUCCAUGAAGCCCAGUUCUAUGGGCUCACUCCUCUGGUUCGUCGCCUGCAGUUGCGGGAAGAGCUGGAUCGAUCUUCUUGUGGAAAUGUCCUCUUCAACGGUUACCUACCCCCACCAGUGUUCCCAGUGAAGCGGAGGAGCCGGCACAGCCUGGUGGGGCCCCAGCAGACCGGGGGACGCCCAGCCCCUGUUCGACGGAGCAACACUAUGCCCCCCAACUUGGGCAACGCAGUGCUCCUGGGCCACAUGCUGGAGGAGAAAGCCCCUCCUCCUUGGGGGCUACCAGAGGAGCCGGGGAUGGUACGCCUGGUAUGUGGGCACCACAACUGGAUUGCUGUGGCCUAUACCCAGUUUCUUGUCUGCUACAGGCUGAAGGAAGCCUCUGGGUGGCAGCUGGUGUUUUCCAGCCCCCGCCUGGACUGGCCUAUUGAGAGGCUGGCGCUCACAGCCCGAGUGCUUGGUGGGGCUUUGGGUGAGCAUGACAAGAUGGUGGCAGCGGCCACAGGCAACGAGAUCCUACUGUGGGCACUGCAGGCAGAAGGCAGUGGCUCCGAGAUAGGAGUCUUCCAUCUGGGGGUGCCUGUGGAGGCCUUGUUCUUUGUUGGGAACCAGCUUAUUGCCACAAGCCACACGGGGCGUAUUGGGGUGUGGAAUGCCGUCACCAAGCACUGGCAGGUCCAGGAGGUGCAGCCCAUCACCAGUUAUGACGCAGCCGGCUCCUUCCUCCUCCUCGGCUGCAACAAUGGCUCCAUCUACUAUGUGGAUGUGCAGAAGUUCCCCCUUCGCAUGAAGGACAAUGAUCUCCUUGUCAGUGAGCUCUACCGGGACCCAGCGGAAGACGGGGUCACUGCUCUCAGCGUCUACCUCACACCCAAGACCAGCGACAGUGGGAACUGGAUCGAGAUCGCCUACGGCACGAGCUCAGGGGGUGUGCGGGUCAUUGUGCAGCAUCCUGAGACGGUGGGCUCGGGGCCCCAGCUCUUCCAGACCUUCACCGUGCACCGCAGCCCCGUCACCAAGAUCAUGCUGUCGGAGAAGCACCUCAUCUCAGUCUGUGCAGACAACAACCACGUGCGGACAUGGUCUGUGACGCGCUUCCGUGGCAUGAUUUCCACCCAGCCGGGCUCCACCCCGCUCGCUUCCUUCAAAAUCCUGGCGCUGGAGUCGGCAGACGGACAUGGCGGCUGCAGCGCGGGCAACGACAUUGGCCCCUACGGCGAGCGGGACGAGCAGCAAGUGUUCAUUCAGAAGGUGGUGCCCAGCGCCAGCCAGCUCUUCGUGCGUCUCUCAUCCACUGGGCAGCGGGUGUGCUCCGUGCGCUCUGUGGAUGGCUCCCCCACCACCGCCUUCACAGUACUGGAGUGUGAGGCCUCCCGUCGGCUUGGCUCCCGGCCACGGCGCUACCUGCUCACCGGCCAAGCCAAUGGCAGCCUGGCCAUGUGGGACCUGACCACCGCCAUGGACGGCCUCGGCCAGGCUCCUGCAGGUGGCCUGACAGAGGAAGAGCUGAUGGAACAGCUGGAGCAGUGUGAGCUAGCCCCCUUGGGCUCCUCCAGGGGCUCUCUCCCCAGCCCCUCACCCCGCGCCUCUCUCACCAGUCUCCACUCAGCCUCCAGCAACUGCUCCCUAUCAGGGCGCCGUGGGAGCCCAAGCCCCCCGCAGGCUGAGGUCCGGCGCCGUGGGGCAGGCAGCUUCGUGGAACGCUGCCAGGAACUGGUACAAAGUGGGCCAGAGCACCGACGGCCACCAACACCAGCCCCCCGGCCCUCCACAGGUCUCGGGGCUCCCCUUACACCACCCAAGAUGAAGCUCAAUGAAACUUCCUUCUGAACACAACUACCAUAGUGCCUUUAGAUACCCUGGUCCCAGUGGACUCAGGUGCCUCCCCGUUUCCUGUCAGAACCCUGGGUUCAGGGCCAGGGCGUCCUUGGAGUGGUUGCUGUUACUAAGCCCUUGCCUUCCCCCUUUUCUGGAAGCCAAAGUCACCCUCCCCCCAGUAAAAGUCCUCAUUGCCAACA